UCCACCUCGGCCUCCCAAAGCGCUAGGAUUACAAGCAUAAGCCACUGUUCCCAGCCCAAAAUUAUUAUUAGUUGUAGAUGAUGGGCUUGUCUACUUGCAAAGCCCAAAAGAUUCAAUCAUAAAGUUGACUAGAGUGUGCAAGGCAGUGUAAGUUUUUUUGGGGGGGUGGCCAUUAAAUACAUUAAGGGGAAGAAAAGGCAGCUUCCCCAUGUACCAGCUAUAGCCAGUCAGAAAAUAAGUAUGUAAGUACAUACAUUUAAGUAUGUAAAUAUAAGUAUGCAAAACCCAUUUGCAACAAGAGAUCAAAAAUAACCCAGAGUAAACAUGGGGAGAAAUGGGUGAGACUUGUAGGAAGCAGACCCACAAAACUUAAUAGAGAAUGUCUAAAAGACUUGAAUACCUGGAUAUGAAGAAUUAAUGUUGUGAUAAAGUCAGUUUUUCCCAGAUUAAUUUAUUGUUUUCUUUCAAUUCCAAUAUAAUCCAUCAGGAUUUCUCUUGGAACUUAAUAAAAUGUUUCUAAAGUCCAUCUGGAAGACUAAGUAGAUUAGAAAAGCCAAGAGCAUUUUAGAAAAAAUGUUAAAGUAGGCGUAUUACCCUACCAAGUACUCAAAACGUACCAUACAUAGUGACGGCAUAGACCUGGUUUAGAAAUAAACAGAGACCAAGGAACAUAAAAGGGUGUCUGGGAAUAGGCCCAUGGCUGGGUGGUAUCAUAAAAAAUUUAGUGCAUGAUAAAGGUAGCAUUUCACACUUUGUCCACAUUUUAAAACAAAAUUAAUUUUAUAAAGAAUCAGUAACUAAAGUUACUUUAUUAUUUUUUUCUAUUUUAAGCGACCCGCAAUUGUGUAAGGCACAGACAUCUCUAAUUUGCUAUAUUUCCUCCUGUUUUGCCACACAAACUUGGGGGUAGGGAAGGUCUUUGCUUCCUGAUAUUAAAGCCAGAAACCAUAAACAGAUUAGACCAUGUAAGAAUUAACCAGCACUCCAAGGGAAAGAAAGCAAUAAAAUCACCAUAAUGUAAACAAGCAUAUGCUAAAUUUGCGGAAAUAUUUGCAAAAUAUGACUGUCAAAGAUUUAAGUAGCUUUAACAUUUAAAGAAGUCACAUGAAUCUAUUGGGAAAAGGUGAAGCCCCCACCCCCAGUAGGAAAAUGGACAAAAGGGUUCAAUAAGCAACAACACAAGAGAAAAGACACCCUCAUUAGUGAUCAAAAGGAAUACAAAUUACAAGUGUUAUGGGGUUGGAGGCGUGGCUGUUGUUUUCAACCCAGUGAAAGAAAAUAUAACACCUGAUAUUCCACACCAUCAUCCAACGUUUGUGAGGCUAACUUGGCAUAACCUCCAAAGAACAAGUUCCCGAUAAGAAAUAAGAGUAAUUUUGCUCAUUUAUAAGAAUGUAUCCUCAGGAAGUAGUUAAGGGCAUGGACAUAUUUCACUGAAAGGUUAGUUAUAGAGCCUCAAAGACUGAAACAAACAAGCAUUCAUCAGUGGCGGACUGGAUGUGAAAAUUAGAUAUUGGGACUUGAUUUAAAGUAACGUAGCAUGAUUUGUUAGCGUGUAAACAUUUUGACCCAGAUGUGAACAAUGGCUGGCUUUAUUCAUCCACCUACAGUGGAAAGUGCUGCUAGUGAAAUAAGAGGAAAAUACCUAAAUCCGUGCUAUCUGAGAGGCCUCGUGCAAGUCCUAUACAUAAAUUUACAUUUUUAUAACAGCUGCAUUUUUAAAAACUUCAAGGAAAUAGAUGAAUUGAGCAUUUUAUUUAACCCACCAUAUUUAAAAAAUUAUUUUAACGUAUCAAUGUAAAAUAUGAAAAUAGUAAUGAGACUAACCUCAUUAAUGUCUUAAAAAUACAAUGUUUUUCACACUAAGUCUCUGAAAUCCAGUGUGUAGUUUACAUUUGGGCACUUCUGCAUUUGGACCGGCCACAUUUCAAGUGCUCAAUGGCCACGUGAGGCCAGUGGCUUCCCUACUGUACAGGGCAGGUGUCAGUUACUGAAUGAGCCAGGGAGAGGCAUCGGGAAGGAGAAGUAGCUGGGAAGUUCUGCUGUGCACUGUCGCUCUCUUCCUGGUCCAGUUCUCCCUGUGAGCCCGGCUCUGGUCGAUAGCAAAGACCCACCCUCCCCAGCAUGCUCCUGGCCCCCUGCGCCCCCACCCCUAGCAGGGAUGCCUGGGGAACGUGCGUCGUCGGUGGGAAACAGGUAAUGGAACAUGGGGCCUUGCCUCCUUCUCUUCCUUCCAGGCUGGGGCCUCCAGAGCAGAGGGUGUUUCUCUCUAGGAAGUGGGAACUGCCCCAGCGUGGCUGGGCACUGGCACCUUUGCGUCGACAAGCCUGGCCUGCACGGGCUGGCAGACAGCGAGGGUGGAGCGAGCUCAGGGCACCCAGCCUGGAGGAUUCAAGAGCUGUGUUGGGUCAGGGUUCUGGUCUUCCCUGUUGGGAGCUGGACCGACCAAAGAAGGCAAGGCAGAGAUUGGAGCAGAGCGGACGUGACAACAUCGGAAGCCGGGACUCGCGGGGUCCCACUUCCCGGCUAUGCCGGAGGAGUCUUGGCUUCUGCUUUGGGGCGAUCCGCCCAGCCCUCACCUGCCAGGGAAUCAGAACCUGGGGAGGAUCCCGAGAGCAGGGAGUGGGAAUAGGGCCCUGGGUAAAAGGAGUCUCCCUUGAGGAGGCUUCAGAUACAGCUGUCCUGGGGGCAGAUCUCUGACAUGGAGGCAGUUCCAGGAGUCUUAGAUAAGCGGAGCGGGCUCCCCAGCCCCUCCUGCCUGUCUCUCCGUGCGCAGGUCCUCCGCUGUGGACAUUUGCACAGGCCAGGCAGCCUCGCCUCGUGGGGAAAACCGUGUGUCCCAGGGUCUGGCAGCAGUGGGCUCAAGCCACCGUUUGAAAGCCGUUAGAGUGUGUCAAAGGAUUCACUUCCAUCUGAGCCUCAGUUUCCCUCUCUUUAAAAUGGGGGCUUACAGACAAGAAAGGCAGAUAAAAAUAAAAUAAUAAAAUGGGAGCAAUCAUGGGACCUUCCUUGCAGGGUCGCUUUGAGGUUCAAGGACGACAUGAGUUUAUGUUGUCGCUAGCACAAUGCCUGGCAUGCAUCAGACACCCAAUAAACGGCAACUGUUGGCAGUAGCGAUAAUUCUGUGCACAGCCUGGGGGUUGGCCAGUGGGCGGGCGCUGGUUGCCCUUGCGUGACCCCUGUCCUCCUGCAGUGACCAGCCCGGCCCAGCUGGGGCUGUAGGUGGAGCAGGAGCAAAACCUCCACCUGCCCAGGAUGUCUCUGAGAGACCCCCCCUGUUACGUAGGGGGCUGCCUCCAGCUCGGAGCUUCUGUGUCACUGGACACAGGCCAGUGUCCGGUGGGGUGGGAGUGAGCGUGGUCCCUCAUCUCCUGCUCAGUGGAGAAGGCUCCUGCGUCAGGAAGCAGCUGUUGGAGACCCCAUGAUUUCCUCGCCACUCCCCGCACAACCCGCCGGACUUGGACUUCACAUCUGAACCCGGAACCCGCCCGCUACCUGGGGAAGGCCCCGCUCCCCGCCGGCUGGCCGGCAAGAUGCCGAUCCUCAAGCAGCUGGUGUCCAGCUCGGUGCACUCCAAGCGCCGGUCCCGCGUGGACCUCACGGCGGAGAUGAUCAGCGCCCCGCUGGGCGACUUCCGCCACACCAUGCACGUGGGCCGGGCCGGGGACGCCUUUGGGGACACGUCCUUCCUCAACAGCAAGGCCGGCGAGCCCGACGGCGAGUCCCUGGACGAGCAGGCCCCCUCCUCGUCCUCCAAGCGCGGCCUCCUGUCCCGCAAGUUUCGGGGCAGCAAGCGGUCGCAGUCGGUGACCAGGGGGGACCGGGAGCAGAGGGACAUGCUGGGCUCCCUGAGGGACUCGGCCCUUUUCGUCAAGAACGCCAUGUCCCUGCCGCAGCUCAACGAGAAGGAGGCGGCGGAGAAGGGCUCCGGCAAGCUGCCCAAGAGCCUGUCGUCCAGCCCUGUGAAGAAGGCCGCUGGAGGGGAGGGCGGCGGGGAGGGGGCGAGCGUGGGGGAGGGACUGCCCCGUCGGAACGGGGCCACGGGCCCCCACUCCCCCGACCCCCUCCUUGACGAGCAGGCCUUUGGGGACCUGACGGAUCUGCCCGUCGUCCCCAAGGCCGGCUACGGGCUGAAGCACGCGGAGUCCAUCAUGUCCUUCCACAUCGACCUGGGGCCGUCCAUGCUGGGCGACGUCCUCAGCAUCAUGGACAGGGAGGAGUGGGACCCCUCGGAGGAGGAUGGCAGUUGCCACGGCGACGACGGCCCCGGUGGCAGCUGCACUGUCGCCCGGGCGCCCCCUCCUGCAGCACGGCAGGAAGGCAAAGCGGGCCGGGACUUGCCUCCCCACGCCCUGGAGGACGAGGGGUGGGCGGCGGCGGCCCCCAGCCCCGGCUCGGCGCGCAGCGUGGGCAGCCACACCACGCGGGACAGCAGCUCCCUGUCCAGCUGCACCUCGGGCGUCCUGGAGGAGCGCAGCCCUGCCUUCCGGGGCCCCGACAGGGCCCGGGCCGCUCUGCCCAGGCAGCCGGACAAGGAGUUCUCCUUCAUGGAUGAGGAGGAAGAGGAGGAGGAGAUCCGCGUGUGAGGCGGGCUCCAAGGCUUGGCUGCAUCUUCUCCCUGCCCGCCCCCCACUCUGUGACCUUUGACCUUACUGUGCAGGGGCAGCCAAGAGCCUCGUGUGUCAGGCCACAGACCCUGGACCUCGUGGAUGGGGACAUCAGCCUGGCCUGAGGGGGACAUGGGGAGCUGGCGCGGUGCCAGGCUGGCUUCAUGACGCCACACCCUGCCGUCCCUGAGGCUGCACGAGGUGAGGGCUGUGUCCUCCAAGUAGGAAUCGGUUUUCCUCUCUCGGCCUCCCUUUGCUGCAGCCUGGCCUCAAACAGAUGCCCGGUGUCACCCUGAGCUCCUGCCACCUGCAGCUGCAGCAGGCCAGCCCAGAGGCGGCCUUGGCUCCGGGGCUGGGGACAACCUGACUCUCCUUUUCCCUGCUGCUGUUUGUGCUGGGACCCGUGGUGGUGGCUGGUGAGGCGUGUGCAGCAGAAGGAAGGGGGUGGUCACCUGCCCCGGCCCUGGGCCCUGGCUCCUGCACCAGCAGCCCGGAGCCCCUUGGAGCUGAGCCGGACCAGGGUGGGGGCGGGGGGCGGUCGGCGGUCCCCAACAUGUACACUAAACGCUGCCCCUUCCAGGGGACAAGAACAGGAUAAAAACUGAAGGGAAGCCCCAGGCUUCUUGGAUUUUCAAGAAGGGACCCUUCCAGGGUGACACUAGGAACAGGGGGCUGGGGCACUUGCUGCUCAGUCUCUAGGGGUUUGCUUAUUCCUUAUUAAUACGAUUAAAUCCUAAUAGAGCAAUAUCAGAGCAGGGUCAGUAGGUCUGCCCCCAGAGUGAGAGCAAGCCCUUUUAGAGAACCUUGACGCUAAGUCUCCUGUUGGAAAUUCACAGUGACCAUUAGCACACUUAAGUCUGGGGACGUCCUUUGGCAAAGAAACCAGCUCGACUUUAGUGCUUCCAGACUUUAUUUAGAGUUACUUGGGGGUGUCUGUGUGUGUUUGUUCCCCCACCCCAUAGCUAUAUUAACAGCUGAAGAAGGCCAGUGUAGAAAAGUUCUGGAGAAUGAUUUUUUAAAAGAAUAUUUCAUUGCUAGUGGGGAAGCUGUUCUUGGCGGGGCUGCACCCUCCCCUCCCCAUCCCCCUCCCCCCUCCC